AACCCCGUGCUCACUCACCAAUCACCAUGGCGUCCCUCCUGCGCCGCCGCCACCCCCACCCCUCCGCCGUCUCCGCCCACCUCCUCCGCCGCCUCUCCGCGCUCCCGGACGUCGAUCCUUCGCCAGCCCCCGCCCCCGCCCCCGCCCGCGCGGCGGCCCGCGCCUCCAUCAUCGAUCUCCAGCUCGCCGUCCGCGCGGAGACCGACCCGGACCGCGUCCACUCCCUCGUCGCCUCCGCGCUCUCCAGCCCCAACUACCACCGCCUCCACACCUCGCGCGACCUCUUCUCCCUCGCCGCCUCCCGCCUCGACCGCCUCCACCGCCCCGACCUCGCCGCCUCCCUCCUCGACCAGCUCCUCGCCUCCGCCCCGGUCUCCCCCGGCCUCCUCGCGCGCGCCCUCUCCCUCUUCCCGGGCCCGGACGACGCCGUCCGUGCCUUCUCCUCCUCCGCCCCCGCCGCCCGCUCCGAUGUCUCACUCUCCGCCCUCCUCUCCGCGCUUCUACGCGCGGGCCGCAUCGACGACCUCAAGUCAACCUUCAAAUCCGCCGAGUCCUCGCUCGGCGUCGCCCCUGGCCGCGCCUCCCACAACGUGCUCCUCCACGCUCUGGUCAAGAGCUCUGAGCUACCCGCUGCCCGCAAGCUGCUCAACGAAAUGGCCAAGAAGAAGUUUAAGCAUCGCCCGCCCGCGGACAUCAUAUCCUACAAUACUCUCCUCGCUGGGUUCUCCGAGCAGGACGAUGCCGAGGAGUUUGAGAAGCUGCUCAAGGAAAUCAAUGAGAACAAGCUGGAGCCUAAUGUCGUCACAUACAAUUGCCGGAUGCGGUGGUUUGCAAGGAAGGGGGAAACCUUCAAGGGCGAGGAGCUGCUCGAUGUGAUGGAGUCAAAAGGCGUGCUGCCCAAUUACGUUACUUACAAUGCGCUUGUGCAGGGGUACUGCAAGGAGGGGAAUGCCGGGGCCGCCAUGCGAGUAUUCAAGAGGAUGAAGGUGAUGAAGAGGCGGGAGGGGAGGAGUGACUUGGGAGUGUCGGUGCACUCGCAGACAUAUGUCCUGCUGUUUAAGAGUUUGGUAGAGAAGGAAAGGCUUGAUGAUGCACUGUGGCUUUGUAACAGCUGCUUUGCAAUGAAGGCAGCCCCAUCAUUUGAGGCUGUCAAGGGUUUAGUCGAGGGGUUGGUCAAGGGAGGGAGGUCUGCAGAGGCCAAGGGUGUUGUUGCUAAGAUGAGCUUUCUUGUGAAAGGGGAUGCUAAAGUUGCUUGGGAGAAGAUUGCUGGUGAAUUAUCUCUUGAAGAGGGAGCACCAAGUUCAGAUCCAUGAUUUGUUGGAGGCAUGCAAGUCAGUUCUGAUUUAUUCAAGUGUUUUGGCCUUUGAAUAACGUUGAUGAAGAAGAAGGGCAUUCACAUGGGUUCUAGUAUUGUCUUCAUGUUAUCAUGGGCCUAUCUUUCAAGGUCCAAUAGUUAGAUCAGAGUGUAAUGUCUCUAUAAGGCAGAAUGGUCAGUGCCAUUUCAUAAUCCCUUUUCUGCAAGAGCUUCUUCUAUUUUGUUGCCUUUUGGCAAUACUUAAAAAGAUAUUACAUUUGUUAAAGUGCUAAGGGGAUCUUGAUACUAUCUACUAUCUAUCACUGUAACCGUUUGUUUAGUAUAAUUCAGAAUAGUUUUAUAUAAUGGUAUGUUUCAAGCCUCA